AUGGACGCGACGAAGAAGCAGCAAACCAUGGCGCCACAGGCUCAGCACAUCAAGGAGGAGGACCAGGAGGAGUGUGGAUCUGAGGCUCCGCGUGGUGUUCUGAAGCCCGGUGGCAAAGGGAAGGGCGCAGCGCCGGCCGUCGUCAAGGCCGUGCACAAAGGAAAGGAAGCCGCCGUGCCUGUGGUGAAAAAGAACCCGGGUGCCAUUCCCAUUUUGGCGCAGAAGACAAAGGCGUUGGAGAAGAAGAAGAGAGCGGGCUUGGAGGCUGCGCGGAAGGGGCAAGCGGCAGUCAAGGUCGCGCCGAAGACAAAGAAGGUCAUCUCGAGUGAUGAGGAAGAAGAGGAGGAGGAGGAGGAGGACAGCAGUGAUGAAGACUACGACGAAGAAGAGAGCGAGGACGAGGACAGUGAUGAUGACUCAGAGUAUGAGGAAGAGGAGGAGCUAGUCGCUCGGCAGCCUCCACCUGCGAUGGCUGAUGAGGUGGACGAGGAGAACUUACCAGUGCAUGAGCAGCAGCAGAUGGAGGAGCCUGUGGUUGUGGAGGAUACACACGAGGGAAACAAUGAUGAGGACGCCAUCGUCAAGGUAAAGAAGUUCGAGGGCUGCAGCAUGCUGGUUGAGGUGGACAGCACCGAGGACAACGGAGUCGCGAGCCGGACGCGGCGGCGCAAGGUUCUGAAACGGCUCCAACUGAACUCGCAGUUAGACUACGACAAGGAUUCCAAAGGGACGUUCAGCGAUCCGGUAAAUGUCUAG